CCACAGUACUUAAUGAAUUUGGUGUCUAGACCGACUAGAUCCGCUGGCUUGCGCAUCCCAAAUCUGUCUUGCUUUAUCCGAGCGCCUCAAGAUCACACCCAGCCGGCACAUAGUUGUGGCAUCGAUGAUGCGCCUGUCGGAAAGGCAGCAGAAGUUGCGUUUGCCAGAAAAGCUUGA